AUGCAACCACCACACAUUCCUGCUGGCUCGCAGCAGCCUCAGCAACAAUCCCAACCUUCUUCCCAGCAGUCCUUCUCCAUGAGCCAACCUUCGUCACAAACUACGGGGUAUCGCCAAUACGCCGAGAAGGCUCAGAAGCCACAAAAUGAACAGGAUAUGGGGAUUUACUCGGCGGUUUAUUCGGGCGUCAAUGUUUACGAAAUGGAGGUCAACAACAUUGCGGUAAUGCGACGCCAAACCGAUGGGUGGCUGAACGCGACACAAAUUCUCAAGGUCGCAGGGGUGGAGAAAGGCCGCCGGACUAAGAUUCUCGAGAAAGAAAUUCAGACGGGGGAACACGAAAAAGUACAGGGAGGGUACGGCAAAUACCAGGGCACCUGGAUUCCGUUUGAGCGCGGGUAUGAGGUCUGCCGCCAGUAUGCCGUAGAGGAGCUUUUGAUGCGCCUUCUCACGCACAAACGAGGCCAAGAAGGCACAACGACCGAUGUGGACACUCCGACAAAGGAACAGGCCAUGGCGGCGCAACGGAAACGCAUGUACAAUGCCGGGUCGCAGGAGAACCGUACCAAUGGGUUGUCGGGGACGUUUUUCAAAAACAUUUCCUCGACCGCGUCUCACGCUAUUAGCGCGAUUAGCAAAGCCCGUUUCGAUUCUCCCGGUCCGCGCAACCGCAGCGGCCCGAGCCGCGCUCCAAGUUUUCACCGUCAAUCGUCAAUGCAGGAUGCAAACGAUUUCCCCGCCAAUUCACAGCAGAGCUUUGUCUCGGAUUAUGGUCACCCGGAUGCCGCGUUUGGAUCACAGACUUCACAGCCCCCGAACGGCGAUAACAACGAGCAGCCACCGAGGAAACGCCAACGAGUUCUUACGCCUGCUAACAGUUUUGGCGGACUGACCCCGACUUACCCCCACCUAGAUGGGUAUGCGGCCAACUACCCGGGCUCGCCCACGGAGCCGAACGAGUCGUUUAUCUACUCUCAAGCUGGUAUUCACGUCGACCAAGAACCCAACUACCCUCCAGGGCCGCUUCGCCCUCUCCCACACGAUAUGUCCCCCGAGGCCGAUGCUAGAAGGAGCAUGCUCAUGGGCCUGUUCAUGGACCCCAGCGGGCCGGACGAAAGCAAACGGAACACAUUGCGGAAUAUGAUUCCCCAGGAGCUCGAUGUCCCCAUUGACUCGCAGAGCCAUACCGCCCUGCAUUGGGCCGCGACAUUGACGCGCAUGCCACUCCUGCGGUCGCUGAUCGAAGCUGGUGCGAGUCCCUUUCGGGUCAACGCUGCCGGCGAAACGGCCUUGAUGAGGGCAUGCAUUGUCACAAAUUCGAUGGACCACAAUUCCUUCCCAGAGCUGCUCGAUGUUCUCGGGGCGACCAUCGAUGUGAGGGACGACAAGGGCCGCACGGUACUGCACCACAUAGCGGUAACGAGUGCUGUUAAGGGGAGGAACUCUGCUAGCCGGUAUUACCUUGAAAGUCUGCUCGAGUGGGUUGUACGACAGGGCAGCGCCCCAAGCAGCCAAAAUGUUCCCGGCAGUCUCCCUGGGCCGGCUAAGAUGGGUAUAGGGCGCUUCAUGAGCGAAAUUGUCAAUGCGCAGGACAGCAGCGGCGACACCGCUCUCAAUAUUGCGGCGCGAAUCGGCAACCGCAGUAUUGUGUCCCAGCUUCUGGAAGUUGGCGCGGAUCCCAACAUCGCCAACCGCGCGGGGUUGCGACCUGUUGAUUUUGGAAUUGGCACAGAUGCCGAGGAUCACCGCAACGGAGAUACGUCGGACAGGAACGGUGGCACUCAGGGGUCAAGCCAGAAGACCAAGGAAAACAGUGACGAGGUGGUUAAUUCCAUAACCCACCUCAUCACCGAGUCUUCAUCGUUGUUCCAGAACGAGCUCAAGAAGAAGCAAGAGUCCAUUGACACACUGCACACUUCACUUCGGACAACAUCCGCGCAAGUUGGCGAAACGCGCCGGAAUCUCGAGGCUCUACAGGACAAACUAAAAGCGCAACAACUCGCGAGACAAAAAGUCGUCAACUUCAAGCGCGCCUGCGACGAAGAAGAGCAGCAGCUCAUCCAGCUCGAGCAGCGUCACGGCCGCUUGGACGUGGACGCGGCUAACGCGUGGGAAAUGGAGCUGGAACAGGUCUUGGAUGAUGUCAAUGCGUUACAGAACCAACACCCAAAUACCGCAACAGAAAGCGUAAUUGGGCCCCAACUUGCCAAGCUCCCCAGCGCCACGGUUCUCCGUGCGCGCCUUCACGCCCUGCGCACGCAGUCGACACAAACGCGCCGGGCAGUGGAAACACUGCAGGCACGCAGCAAGGACCGGGAGCUCAAGUACCGGCGGCUGGUGGCGUUAUGCACGCGGAGACCAGAGACGGAGGUUGAUGCGCUGCUGGAUACGCUGACGAGGGCGGUUGAGUCGGAGAAGGGGGAGUUAGAGAUUGCUCGAGUUAGGCGGUUUUUGGGCGGGGUGGAAGGUGUCGCGUGA